CAUAGUGCUGCGCUCUGUUAUCAGCGUUCGUAAAUUGUACAUGAAUUUUUUUGAGAAGUGGGUCGGCAUUACUAGUAUUUGUGUGUUUUGGAGUUGUUUAUAAACAAACUUAUGUUGUUUGUAAUGACGUAAAGUGUCAAUCAUUAGGUGGUGAGACAUGGGGAACAAUAAACUGUGUCGUUUAUGUGCUCAGGAAAGGGAUAGUUUCGUUAGAAUUUACGAAGAAGAGGGGCAAAAAUUGAACCUAGCGACAAAGAUCAUUCAAUGUCUGCAGAUCUGGCAUACCCUGCAAAACAUCAUGUCACUCACCUAUUGAUAACGGAUGUCUUCCAGUUGUAUCCAGAAGACCCCCUGCCAAAGACUGUGUGUAUUGAUUGCUGUGCCAAAUUGAACCAGUAUUUUGACUUCUUCGAAACAAGUUCUCGUGCACAGUUAUCACUCCAAAUCUUAUUCGACCCAAAGUUGGUGGCUUCCAGCAAGAAAGAGCUGAAGAAGGAGCCUGAACUUGAACCAGAGCCUGAACGUCAUCCUAAACUAGAACUAUUUGAACUACCAAAUUGUCUGCCCAAGUCAAAAGAAGAAGAAGAAGAUGAUGAUGAUGAUGACAAUGAUAGUGAUGAUGACGAUGACAAUGACGAUGAUGACAGCAAUAACAUGGACAUUGACCCACCUCCAGAAUGUACUGUAGCUGAUGCGGAUGAAUCAAAUGAUGGAGAUGCCGAGCCACCAGAAUUUUUAGAGUGUGUGUUAUCUGACAAAGAAGCAAACAUCACUCCUCAGAAAACUGACAUUUCUGCUUCAUCUCGUCGGAAGCGGCGUAUUCCUGUCAAACGAACAUUGGCUGUGAAGGAACGUACAAUACUCAAAGAGCGCCCACCUCCAAAAGAGCGCCAACCCCCGAAAGAGCGGCCUCCUCCGAAAGAACGUCCAACCGCACAAGAACGACCACCUCCAAAAGAACGAGUGCAAAUUAAAGACACUACCCAACGCAAAGAACGUGUUCUAAAAGUAAAAAGUGAAAAGAAAGAAAAACACAAAGAGAAGGAAGAAGAAAAGGAAAAAGUGAAAGAAACAGAAAAAAAAGUGGAGGAUAAGACAGAAGAGGAAAGGGAAAAAGCUGUUGAAACAAUGAUUAAAUCUGAACGAAAGCGUCCAGGUAGGAAGAAAAAGGAACGAGAACCCAAACCUAUGAUUAUUAAACCCCCCCGUCCUAAAGCUGUCCUUGAGGGAUACCCUUGGCAGUGUACUGACUGCACCGUUGUGUUAUCAACAUUACAAGAACUCAGGACUCAUCAUCAAAUGGAACAUAACCAGCUUCCUAAUUUUAAAUGUAUUCAGUGUGCUAAAGUGUACACACGAUAUAGAAGUUUUGCAAGACAUGUAAAACUGCAUCGCAACCCCAAGAAAUUCAGGUGUGAAGAAUGUGGGAAAUGUUUUUCCCAAAAGACAGUUCUGCAGUCUCACAGUACUGUUCACACUGAUGCUCGCCCUCAUGUAUGCCCACAAUGUGGGAAAGCAUUCAAACAAUUUAGUUCACUUUACCUACACAGCAAGUGUCACCUUCCUGACCAAGUGAAGCCCAAGUUCCCCUGCGACAUUUGCCAUAAGGACUUUGCUACAAAACAUACGUUAGAGACUCAUCGGAAGAUACACACAGGAGAACGGAACUUUAUUUGUGAUGUGUGUGGAAAGAGUUUUAUUGCGAAAGGUAGUCUUGACUAUCAUAUCCUUACACAUUCUGGGGAAAAACCCCAUCACUGUCCAGUUUGUGGUAAGGGGUUCAAGACAGCCCGAUUACUUGGCAAACAUGCAACACUUCAUACAGGAAUUAAACCACAUCAGUGUGAUGUAUGUGGGAAACAGUUCCGAGAACGUGGUGCUCUCAGAGAGCACAAUCGUAUUCAUACUGGUGCCAUGCCAUACACUUGUGAGUUUUGUGGCAAGAACUUUAGGUUCAAGGGUAUCCUUACAGUUCACCGUAGACAGCACACUGGUGAACGUCCCUAUAGCUGUGCUGAAUGUCGAAGAGAAUUUACAAAUUGGGCCAACUACAAUAAGCAUAUGAAACGGCGCCAUCGGAAUGACAAUGACCCUAAUAAUAUAAACACUGUUAGGAGCUCAAAUCGCUCAUACCAGGGAAAUAACAUAGGAGCUGGUACAGGGAUUGCAGUUGUUAAUUCAAGCAAGAUGGGUUCAACAACUCCGACUUCAAGUUCAGUCUCUGCAGGCUCACUUGUUGGCAAUGUGUACAACCUGAGUAAUCACAGUGUAGGCGAGAACAGCAACAGCAGUACAAUCAGUAAUAUGACAACACAAAACACAAUUCCUGUGUACAACCAGAACCAUGGAAACAUAAGUUCAGCUGUUGCCAAAAUGGCAGCUGUGAACAUCUAUAACACACAUAUCAAUAACAGCAGUGGAAAGAUGGGGAACAUGUUUCAUAGUGGAAGUCAUACAGGGGCUAAGAUGGCAUCAAUCAGCAAUGUUUUCCAUACAGGACAUCAACAGGAUAGCCAAGACUCAGUGGAUAGAACCACACAGCCUACUAACCCAUUAAUGGGUUCGUAUCAUGUGCCAUCGUAUGUGCCAGGAGGGUUGCCCAUGGGAAGCAUGGGGUAUUAUAUCCCACCUAUUCACCAUGCAGAUCCAAAUAUGGAUAUGCUACAUAACAGAAUGACAAACAAUCAGUAGCGUUUUAAGUGAUUAUGGAGACUGGCAGCACAGACUGUAGUAUAUUUUAAAGGAGAAUAGUCCUAACAGCUAGCAAGUAAUAUAAUAACUACAGUGUGUGUGUACAUAUAUAUACACACACACAAUAGUUAUUAUAUUUAAAUAUAUGUGCACAAUGUUAGUUUUAUAUUUUCUGUCAUCAAAAUGGUGAUCUUGCUCUCUUUGGCAGCAUAUUUGUGUAUAAAUGCUAGAUCAACACCUAUUUUAUUUUUGCAGAGUUUGAUUCUGUCACUAGAGGCCCCAGUAAAAUUACUUGGUAUGCACCAGUGGUGAUCAAAUUGCACUACAUUCCUCAGUCUUUGUGAAGCUUUAUUCCAUCACAUAUGGUGCUGAAAGUAGUUGCGCCUGGUGUCUGUGCACUGCUGGAUGUGACGCUCCUUAUAUUUUUGGAGAUCUGGUUGUCUCAGAAGACCUGCCAGAAACAAGGUUGCUAGAAUUAAUCCUGCCAUAUUUUCUUCUGUGUGACCUACUAGAAGGAAAUUCUACAUGAACAACCCUCACACCGUUAAUGACUUGAAAGAAAACAUUUGUCAGGAGAUUGAAUUUAUUCCUGUGGACAUGUCACAGCAAGUAUUCACCAGUUUGUAGUAUCAUGUUCAGAGUUCAAAGCUUGAAGUGAUAUGAGUGUACAGCUGACAUCAUAAUUGCAGUCAUUUGUGAUUUCCUUGAUUACCACUGGUGCAUAAAUAGUGGUAUUGGUGAAUGUUUGAGGUCUGUAGCAAAGGAAUUGCCGUUUGUUUUUAUUAUGUUUCUUAUAAAGAAUUUUUACGAGUUGAAGAUUGCUGUCUUCAGACUCAUCGCCGUGAAAACCUCAAAUCCUACAAUUUUGACAAAUUAUUGUUGAAGAGUGUAGAUUAAAACUGAUCGUAAUGGUUUGAAACAUCUGCUCACAAAAAGAUCAAGUCUGUUAAAAUGGAGUUCUGAGAGGCCAUACAAAACUGUACAAGAUACAGCAGUCCUUUGACUGAGGCAUAGCCUCAUAUUCUUUUAAUUUUCUUAUUUAUAGUGUAUUUAUCGACGCUUUCUCAGUAACUCAGACUAUAUAGCGUCAAAUGAGAGGAUGGCUGUGAAUAAUGAACUGGAAAGGAUGUGGAAGGAAGCAGUCAUGGCCUACUUUAAGGUACUAUACUGGCAUUUGCCUGGAGGGACUGACGAAAACCACAAAAAAACAGAUAGUAGCUACCUGUGCAUGUAUGGAGGCAAAUGAAUGGUGUGUCUCUUAAUCUUCUUGUUAUAAUGUACAAAGAUUAACAUUGUAGGAACAGCUGAUGUCCUCAUCUCUUCAUUGAAACGUGUGUUUCAGCAUUUUAAUUCAAACUGCCUACUCAGGCAUGUAAAGGGCAGCUGUAUGAAAUAUUCCUUAGUCUUAUUCUUUAGUCAUAAAAUGAGAAAGUUUGCUCUACGGUCUUAAGAUACAGACUGUUUUAUUCAGAUACUGCACUAAAAAACUCUUCUUUGUUUCUGUUUUCUGCCCCAUUUCCAUUUUGCCCCUACCCCCCACUUGCCUCCAAAUGUAGCAGGCUACUGUGAGUUGCAAUGAAUCUGCCAGCACCACUGAAAUCAUAUAGGAAUUCUGAUACAAGUUAAGGAAUUUGUUUUCCUUUCUUAUUUUAGCCAUUGUUGGUGUUGGCAUUUUGUAAAAUGUUGUAAAGGCAGAAAUUCAGUACUUGAUUUUGUGGUAGUCUGAGUUUUAGUGUUGCUGUGCCAUUUCUGUGGUGGCACUGAAUUUCUUGACAGAUUUGAGAUAAUUCUGAGUAUUCUAAACUGUCUAUAGCUGAAUGUUUCCAUGUUUAUAAGAAUUAUUGUUUGGUGUCUACCACAGGAUGGAGCAUACUGCCUACUUGUGACAUUUUAUUUCAAGCUUAUUUUUACUAUGUUAGAUUCAGUCUUUGCAUACCACAGUGAGCCGGGUAGCUCAGUGAGUAUAGUGGCUGACUACAGACUGGACGGCCAAGGUUUGAUCCCCAAUAGGGGCAGAGGAUUUUUCCUCUAGCCUCUGUGUCCAGACCGGCUCUGGGGCCACCCAGCCUCCUAUGCAAUGGGCACCAGGGUCCUUUCCCAGGGGUAAAGUGUGGCUGGGGCAUGACACCAACUACUCACCCCUAUCUACAGCCGAGUUUAAGAAUGA